GGGCCCCGGAUGAGGAUUAAAAGCAUGCUCUGAAAUUGGAGCAUUUUCUCCAACGUUGUCUUCUUCCGACUCAGUUGGCACCACUAUAUUCUUGUUUCUUGUCUUGGAAUACCUUUCCUUGAUUCUUCCCGUCCUCAUUAUUCCGAUCCGGCCAACCGAGAAAUAGGGAGGGGAGAGAGAGAGAGAGGCUACUAAAAUCAAAAUGGAAAGCUCCAUGUGUAUCCUGAUUCUGUGUCUAUCGGCGAUCACUCCGGUAAUCCGAGCACGUGUGGUGCCCGUGCCGCCUCUCUUGCAGAAUUACGAGAAACCCAGUUCCAACAUUAUUUUUGACAAUUCCAUGUACGGCCUUCUGCAACUCAACAAUGGCUUGGCUCGGACUCCACCCAUGGGAUGGAAUAGCUGGAAUUUCUUUGCAUGCGACAUCUCUGAAACAGUUAUCAAGGAAACAGCUGAUGCACUUGUUGCAACUGGUUUGGCUGAUUUAGGUUAUGUUUAUCUGAACAUAGACGACUGCUGGUCAGCUUCAGAACGAAAUUCACAGGAUGAGCUAGUUCCUGAUCUGAAAACGUUUCCUUCGGGAAUUAAAGCUCUUGCUGAUUACGUACAUGAGAAAGGCCUCAAGCUUGGAAUUUACUCUGAUGCUGGGAGGUUUACAUGUCAAGUGCGACCUGGAUCAAUAUACCAUGAAAAUGAUGAUGCAAAGCUCUUUGCCUCUUGGGGUGUGGAUUUUUUGAAGUAUGAUAACUGUUACAAUCUUGGAAUCAAUCCAAAGGAAAGAUACCCACCAAUGCGUAAUGCUCUAAAUGCAACGGGACGCACAAUUUUCUAUUCCAUAUGUGAAUGGGGUGUUGAUGACCCUGCUUUAUGGGCUGGCGAACUUGGAAAUAGUUGGCGGACAACAGAUGACAUCAAUGAUUCAUGGGCAAGUAUGACUAUGAUUGCUGAUCUUAAUGACAAGUGGGCAGCCUAUGCUGGUCCUGGUGGAUGGAAUGAUCCAGACAUGUUGGAAGUUGGCAAUGGUGGCAUGACUUACCAGGAGUACCGAUCACAUUUUAGCAUUUGGGCUUUGAUGAAGGCUCCCCUUUUGAUUGGGUGUGAUGUGAGAAGCAUGACUGCAGAAACAUUAGAAAUAGUAACCAAUAAGGAGGUCAUUGCUGUGAACCAAGACCCACUUGGCGUUCAAGGGAGGAAAGUAUAUGUUUCAGGGACAGAUGAUUGCCUUCAGGUUUGGGCAGGUCCUUUGACUGGACAUCGUAUUGCUGUUGUCCUCUGGAAUCGAUGUUCAAAAGCUGCAACCAUAACAGCUGCAUGGGGUGCACUCGGACUUGAAUCGUCUACCAGUGUCUCUGUGAGAGACUUGUGGAAGCAUGAAGACGUCGUGACAGACGUAGUAGCAUCAUUCAGGGCUCGAAUGGAUGCUCAUAGCUGUGAGAUGUACAUUUUCACACCUCAGACAGCGUCACACUCUGAGGUUUAAGUUUUUAUACUAUUACUGGAGUCAAUAUAAACAAAACAAUAAUAUUACGGGCCUCAUCCAUCAGUGGGCGCUGGUGAAGGAUUGAGAAGAAAUUAUCAGUGUGAAAUGCCGUUAAGAAAUUAGAUGUGUAUACUUUUAUGUGGUGUAUAUUUGGAAGCAUAUUGCAGUGGUGACCGUUGUACAUUGUUGUUAUUAGCACUUAAGAGCUGUGUUAUAGCUGUGAAUACGAUUAUCUAUGAACUUUUUCUGGUGGGAAUGUAAGUAUGGGAAUGAAAUUGUAGAGUGGGUGGUGGUUAAAAUGGAAUAGUAAAAACUUGAAGAA